GGAUGCAAUCGAUGUUUGCGGAGCCUACCAAUCGAUGUACAACCACCACUGGCGGUCACUUCAGUUGUUUACUUUUUUACUUUGCGUGCAGCGGAAAACCGGGCCGAAUUGAACUGCUCGAAUUUUUUUUUAUUAUUUUUUUUCGCCACCCUUGCCGCCGCAUUUUGCCGCAAAUUGGUGUAAAUAGAAGAGAGGAAGCGAUUGUAAUGAAAGCGCGCGGUUUUUUCAGUGUGUGAAAAUGUAUCGAAAAUGAAAGAAGUGAAGAAGGCGCAAAGAGAGCUGCUAAAGAAGUGCGUGCCGAAAAAAGAGAGCGGCGAAAAGUGCCAAAAAUAAAACGACAAAAUAGAAACCGAAAGAAAAAUAAAUUAAAACAGGCUCCGGAGAAAGGCGAUCGAAAGGAGAAGAACGAACGAAGAGUGAGAGAGGCGAAAGCAACAGCAACAAGUGGGCGAAGAUGUGCAAAUGACAAAUUGGUCAAAACUCCGACUCCUGUUUCCCUCGCUCUCUCUCACGCACUCCCUCGCGCUCACGCACACUCGCACGCACAUCCCCGUCAUUGGCCAUCUCGCUCGCACGCGUUGAAAACGAGAACGGGAACAGGAACAGGAAUUGGGAACAGCCGACGGUCAAGUUCAAGUGGGAACGGAAACGGAAGGCGCACGGAAAACAUGCGGAGACCCUUUACAGCUUUGAAUCGCAAUCACUACUUCGUCAUCGGCCUGCUCCUGGGCCUCCUGCUCAGCUGGCACAUUCCGCAGGACAUCUGGGAGGAGGAGUGUCCCGAGGAGGCCGCCGAGAAUCUGCUGAUCGAGCGAUUCGGCCAGGAGUUCGAGCCCCACUUGAAUCUGAUCAACAAGCCGCUGGCGGCCAAGAAGCCGAUGAAGAAAUUUAUCCAACAUCGUGCUUUAUUUUCGGUGAAAAAUGUGAUUCGACCGCGUUACUACUCCUCAGAGCUGGGUAUCCGGGAGAAGCUCUUCAUCGGGGUGAUGACCUCGCAGGAGCACAUCAACACCUAUGCGACUGCCUUCAACCGCACCACCGCCCAUCUGGUGAACAAGAUCAAGUUCUUCAUUUACGCGGACAGUGUGAAGACCAACUACAAGCUGAAGAACAUCGUCGGAUUCACGGACACGCGGGAGAGCCGCCGGCCGUUCCACGUGGUCAAGUAUAUUGCGGACAACUAUCUGGAUGAGUACGACUACUUUCUGCUGGUGCCCGACACCGUCUACGUGGAUGCGCGCAAACUGGUGAAGCUGCUCUACCACAUGAGCAUCACCUUUGACCUGUACAUGGGUGGCGCCCGCAUCGGCCUGGAUCCUGCCGGUGGCGGUGCCUCCGCCGAUGGCCAGUCGAACGAGGAGGAGGCACCCGCGGCCAGUGAUCGCAACUACUGCUCCUUGGAGGCGGGCAUCCUACUCAGCAGCAGCGUCAUCCGCAAGAUGCGCAACAACCUGGAGCGCUGCGUCCGCAUCGGGAGCACCAAUGACCACAGUGUCAACAUCGGGCGGUGCGUCAAGUACGCCAGUCGGGUGGCCGGUUGCCAGGAGAGCUUUCAGGGCAUUCGGCAAUUUAGCUACGCCUUGGAUGCGCCGGACCGUCGCCAUCGCGAAUUCAGCGAAUUGGCCAAGGAGGAGGCCUUUCGCAAUGCCAGCACCGUGUAUCCCGUCCAGAUGCCGGAGGACUUCUACCGACUGCAUGCCUACUACUCCAAGCACCACCUGGAGAAGGUGCAGGAGCGGGGCUAUGCUUUGGAGCAGAAGUCGUACCGGAUUGCCAAUGGGAGUAUAUCGAACAAGAUACUCGAGAUCCGGUGGCCACUGGGCGUGCCGCCACCGAGUGCGCCGGAGACGCGCCACGACAUCCUCACGUGGCAGCUGCUCAACGGGACGCACAGCUUCCUGCCCAACGGCAAUGCGGAGCAUGCGGUGGCGACGCUGUCGCGAAUCGAGGCGCUGGACUUUGCCAAGGUCCUGGAGAUAGCACUACAAUAUGCCGCACUCAAGCAUCCGCGCCUGAGUUACCACAGCCUGCACAGUGCCUAUCGGAAGUUCGAUGCCACACGCGGCAUGGACUACCAGCUGCAUCUAAAUCUGCAGGAGGGAUCGGGUCGCAGUCGCCGGCUCGCGGUCAAGAGCUUUGAGGUGGUGAAGCCACUGGGUCGCGUGGAGGUGGUUCCCUCGCCCUACGUCACCGAGAGCACGAGAAUUGCCAUGUUGGUGCCCGCCUUUGAGCACCAGGUGCCGGAUGCUUUCCUGUUUGUGGAACAGUACGAAAGGAUUUGCAUGCAAAACCAGGACAACACCUUCCUGCUGCUGAUCUUCAUGUACCGACUGAACUCGCCCAGCAAGGGCGACGAGGAUCCCUUCAAAGCACUGAAGACACUGGCCCUUGACUUGUCAUCUAAGUACAAGACCGAUGGCUCCCGGAUCGCCUGGGUGUCCAUCCGGCUGCCGGAGCAGCUGAGCGAGCCGGUGGAUCCGCAGAGCUGGCUGCUGCACGCCUCCAUGUACGGACCACGCCAGCUGCUCAGUCUGGUGGUUGCCGAUCUGGCACUGCCCAAGCUGGGCCUCGAAUCCCUCGUGCUGCUGGCCACACCAGGCAUGGUCUUCAAGGCUGACUUUCUGAAUCGCGUGCGCAUGAACACGAUACAGGGCUUCCAGGUGUAUGCACCAAUUGGCUUCCAGAUGUACCCAUGCCGCUGGGCGCAGUUCUGCCGUGAGUGCGACACCUGCGACGUGAGCCAGAGCAGUGGCUACUUCGAUCGCCACAACCACGACGUGAUCGCUUUCUACAGCCGGGAUUAUGUCCAGGCUCGCAAACUGUUACAUCCGCAGGGACUGCCGAUCAUACGCAACGACCUGGACAUCGACCAGCUGCUGCUGCAGCCUGGCGAGGAGACGCGACCACCGGGCGUGGAAAGCAUCCUCGAUAUGUUCGUGGCGGCACAGCACUCGGUGCAUAUACUGCGCGGAGUGGAGCCGAAUUUGCGCUUCGGCCAGGAUGUGCGAAACCACCUGGCUCGCGGAGGAACGCUGCCGCAUAGCGUGCCGGAACGCUGCGGUCGGGAGCAGUGCAUCCACCUGGCGUCGCGCAAGCAGAUCGGCGACGCCAUAAUACGCUACGAGGACAAAAGUAUUCUACACAAAUAGUUUGGAUUCCAGCUCCAGCUCCAGCUCCAGCUCCAGCUCCUGCCUGUAAUAUCAUCAGUUCCUUUUUAAGAUAUUCCCAUUGUGUACAUGACCGUGUGAUUGAUUGAGCAGAAUGAAUGAAUGUGAUCUCUGUGUGUGUGUGUGUGUGUGUGUGUGUGCAUGCCAACUCUUAUACUCGCACCCAAGGCUUAAAUUAAAUCCUAUUCAGAAUGAAGUGAUGGUGGGACUGGGACCCAAGUACAAGACCAGCGCGGACCUAUCUCAAUCCGAACUUAGUGUUUAGGCCUAGGCGAUUCCCGUUGUUGCUUGCUUUAAAGUGAAACUUUCAAUGCUCAAAAAUGGUAGACAGCAAUUAGUUAGUUGGUUAGUUAGUAAUUAACGUAGCGUAGUUUUAGCUGCCAAAACUCGUAGGACAAAUGUGGGACACUUGUUCGAGCCAUUCAACAGACAUUCGAUUUUCGCAUGUAAAUACUUAGCAUACGCCACGAUAUCUCUAUUAACGAUUCCUAGUAAGUUACGCAGGCACCAUUGCACCAUUGACUCCUAUUUAAACGACUAGUUAAGCUAAGUGUUAUACUACUACACUAAUCUAAGUGAAACGAACGAUGUGGCUGUACGACAAAUAACCAGAUGCCGCCUUGCCUCAAAGUGUUACAAUCCCUCUAAAUGGGCUCUCUCAAAGACGGUGUGCCAAAAAAAAAAAAAGGAAUUGCUGUUGAAAAACUGGUCUAAAUCGGGGAGUGCUUACUUUGACUAUGUUCCUGUUUAAAAGUUAAAGCUUAAAUCUUAGUAUCGGCUGGGUGAAAAUAUAAACCAUAGUUCUAUCGAAACUUUGCCCACGAAAUAACAAUCCAAAAGUAUUGCUAAUUGUCAGGGCUUUUGUGGCAACGAAAAAGCCCAUUGUAAAUAAAAAAUAUUAUAUUGUUAAGUGCUUGCCAGCUUCACUUAGCCGAUGUCCAUUGUUAGUGUAUCCAUGUUAUCCAUUUGACCAUUUGCCAGCACAUCAGUUUUAGCAUCGAAUAAGAAGUCUGCCAGUCAAAUUCUUAUCAUUACGAUAACGAGGGGAAAUCCGAUUAAUUUAUUACAAAAUUUAUUAGCUAUAUAUGUACUCGCAUGUACGCUCGUCAGGGUUUAUCCCUCUACCCAAACUUUUUAUACAUUUAGUCAUAGUGUACAACUACUGUAUCUGUACUGUUUACGUGUAGGAAUUGUUGUUAUUGCAGAAUAAAACAAAUUAUGAAUGUGCAUAUGUACAAUAAA